AAAGGAUAGAUUGCAGCAAGCACAAUGGCAGCUCCGAGUCGGAAGCAAACGUUACGGUUUCUGAGCCAGUUAGGGGCGUUUAUCUUGACCAGGUUCGGGUUUUGGAACUGCUUCAGCAUGCUGAUGCUGUUCGCUGAACGAGCGGACUCGAAAAGGAAGCCAGACAUCCAUGUCCCGUACCUGUAUGUGGACAUGGGGGCUGCGGUGCUCUGUGCCAGCUUCAUGUCCUUCGGGGUGAAGAGGAGGUGGUUUGCAAUGGGCGCAGCCAUCCAGCUGGCCGUCAGCACGUACGCAUCGUAUGUUGGAGAGCAGGUGCACUACGGGGACUGGCUGAAGGUACGGAUGUAUUCCAGAGCGCUGGCCAUUAUUGGAGGCUUUCUGGUUCUGGCCAGCGGGGCGGGGGAGGUGUACCGACAGAAACCUCGCAGCAGGUCCCUGCAGUCUACUGGACAAGUAUUCCUGGGAGUCUACCUCAUCUGCAUGGUGUACUCCCUCCAGCACAGCAAAGAGGACCAGCAGGCCUAUCUAAAUCACAUCUUUGGAGGAGAGAUCACUUUAAUGCUUCUGGAGGUGCUGUUUGGGGUGCUGGCUCUGGCCUUCCUCUCUGGUUGCUACAUCCGGCUGGCCGCACAGAUCCUGGCCACCGUCCUGCCCCUGGUGAUCCUGCUCAUUGACGGUAACCUGGGUUACUGGCAUCACUCUCGCAAGGUGGAGUUCUGGAACCAGAUGAAGCUGAUAGGACACAACGUGGGCAUCUUCGGCGCUGUGCUGAUCCUGGCUACUGAUGGUUGAACACUCAGGGCUGUCACAGAGAACUUUUACCAACCGAGGUGUCUGCGCAGGAUGAUUGUGGUCCUUACGUCACACCCUGACUUUGUACUUGGAGCAGCAAAUGCUCAAUGACCUCUCAGGACCCAAACACUUCAAGCUGAGACUGCUGGAUUUAAGCAGCAUUGAUUGUCUUUGCCCACAGGAUGGUAUCUUUGCUUUUGCAAGAAAAAGAAAAAAAACUUUGCAAUUUAAUAAUUUAUUCAGAUUCAUGUUUACAUUUUUGUCUGUUAUGCUCUGAAACAUGACACUGAGUAUUGAUACUACAUACUGUUUAUCUACAGGGAAAGUACCUUGUAAUCCAAAAGCUAUGGUCUUAAAUGAUAUGUGUUACAAUAUAUGAUUUAAAUAUUUUGAAAAUAAAGGGAAACUGACUAAUUAACUCAGUUUGUUUCUUUUCACUUGUGCAAUGAUGGACAUUUCAAUAAAUAGAACAAGCACAACUUUUGUGACCUGUGUAUGUUCUUCACACUUUCAUUCAUUACCAUUUUUGGAAUAAGUACGCUGUGACUUUUUCAUUCCAGUGCUAUUAUGCUAUAAUAUGUAUCAACAGACUAUAAUUGACCCAUUUUAAGCAUUUUUAGGCAUUUUAAAAUUUGACCAAAUUUCACCAAUUUUGACAUAAAACAACAUACAAUACUAUGACUUUUUUUGAGGGGGUCAUUCUUGGACAUCCCAUAAUAUUAUUUUUCCCGCCGCUUUUUUUGGAGAAACUACUUACACAUGUAUCAACAGACCCAUUUUAAGCAUUUUUAGGCAUGUUAAAAUUUCACCAAUUUUAAAAGACAAAAAAAAGGGGUAAUUUCCGGCCAUAUUAUGCUCUGACAUGUAUCAACAGAACAUACAUUUUAGCAGUAUUAAUUGUCUUUGCCCACCAGAUGGUAUCUUUGCUUUUGCAAGAAAAAGAAUAACUUGAAACUUUCGCAAUUUAAUAAUG